AUUAAGAUGCUUACAUUCAGCCUGUAUCGAUUGUUUUUAAGAAGCCCCUUUUACUUGUUGGUCCACACAAUUCUCCAGGUGACACUCAUGUGAGACAGGCGUAUGCCGCGAUGAAGACAGCACCACACACCGCUCAGCGGCCACGGAGCUGUGAGGCCUGCCGGAUCUUCAGCACAUUCCUGACAUGGCCUACGUUAUCCUUCAAACCGGAGGGAAGGGCUGCACUUCAACAGAAGCGCUGCGGGCUCCUAUCGAGCCAGGGGCAAAGCACAGGACCACGUGGUGUCUCUCAAAAACCCAAGGUCCCUACACCGCUCCCUCCUUUUUGACAAGGAAGUGGAAAUUAGGGGUUUCCUUCUCAGUGGGAGCCCCGACACAGACUACCUGUGUGGUCCCCGCCCCGCAAAACAUCCUGAAGCGCGGGGUCCCGGAAGACUACGAGGAUCAGAAUAAUGGGGAACUCUUGGGUGCGGACGACGCCGGCCAAGGAGUGACCGGAGAAGCGCGGCGAGCGAGGCGGAGCGGUGGGACCGGGAUCUGUCAAAAACAGCGGCAGGCUCACGCCGAACCACUGCACCCGAGCGAGCUCCGCCAAGGCCCGAAGUGGGAGCGGCACUGCCGGAGGGAGGAGGACCGGGAGCCCCGCGAGCCCCGGCCGCCGCUUCCGCGCAGCUCCCGGGCGCGCACCGCCCACCGCGAGCCCCGGCCCUCUGCGCCGGUCCAACCUUUGCCCCCAAAAUCUGCUGCCCGGGCGGCCGCCGCCGCCGCCGGACCUGUCCGCACCUGUCACCAGCCGGCGACACCAGCCCGCCGCUCCCGCCCAGCUCUCCGCCAGCCUCGGGCCCCCGCGGGCCCCACGACCCCGUUCCCUACCAGGUGUCCCCUUUUCGGAGCGAGGUUUUGA